CCACCGUAUACUAAGACGAUACACCGAACAGAGUAUCCCGCAAUCAGCCCCACCAACCCAGCCAAUUCUGCUAGUAAUAAAGUGGUCCUCGUAACAGGUGGCAGUGCUGGCAUUGGUAAAGAGAUCGCUCGUUCGUUCGUUCAAGCCGGCGCCAAAGCUGUCGCAAUUCUCGGUCGACGAGAGAACCUUCUUGCAGAGGUGAAGAAAGAACUCGAGAGCCUUGGAACGUCCAGAGUCAUCAGCUUCAAGGCGGACGUGCUUGAAGAGGAGGCGUUGGAACACGCCUUUGCCAGCACGGCCAGGGAGGUCGGCAAGAUAGAUGUUGUCGUGGCGAAUGCGGGCUACCUGGCAGCCCCUGUCAAGCUCGCCGACGCCGAUCUCAGUGACUGGUGGAAGGCCUUUGAAGUCAACAUCAAAGGCACCCUUCUAACGUUCCGGGCCUGGUUUCCGCACGCGGCGUCGAACAGGGAAGGCGCUCCGCCCACGUUCAUUUCCGUAAACUCUGGUGUCGCGCACAUGACGCCAUUUCCUGGCUGGUCGAAUUACGCGGUCUCGAAGCUGGGGAGUGCGCAAUUGAUUGCUGCAUUGCAAGUCGAACAUCCCGAACUUCGUAUAGCAAGUUUUCAUCCUGGAGUACUAGGGACUGAAAUGAAUUCAAAGUCGGGCGCGACGUUCAGCUUGGACGAUCUCAGCCUGCCUGGUGGCUUCGCGGUUUGGCUCGCCAGCCCGAGGGCUGAUUUUGUGGGCGGCAGGUUCUUCUGGGCGCACUGGGAUGUUGACGAGAUGGCGAGGAUGCAGGACGACAUUGUGAAGAAUGAAGAGCUGACCAUGGGGCUGAAGGGC